AUGAUCCCUCUCGUUCUUCUCACCCUGUUAAUCCCGAGUCUGGGGUAUAAUCAGCAUUCCGAAGAGCAGAAAUAUGAAGUUGUCUUUCCUCGAAAGCUCCAAGCCGUCUACAAGAGUGACAUAGAGAGCACCUAUCCAGACAUAGUUUACUAUGAAUUUAAGCUGAAUGGACACUUCACAGUGAUUCAGAUUGAGAAGAGCGUAGGCCUGUUUGCUGACAACUACACCGAAAGUCAUUACAAAGAAGAUGGAACUCUUGUAACCAGCAGUCCCAGACAUCAGGAUCACUGCCACUACCAGGGACAUAUAAAGGAUAAUGCUAACUCUACUGUUGUUCUUAGCAUAUGUAAAGGUUUAAGUGGGACUAUCCAGACCGGUAAGAAGACCUUCGUCAUCGAGCCCCUUAGGAUGACAGACACCGAGGAGCACGCUGUAUAUGAGGCAGGAGAUAUACUGAACCACACUUGUGGUGUCCGUAACGUCUCCGUGUCACCAAAGCCACCCAUCUUUAAAUUAAUGCGGGCCACAGAUGCAGAGAAGGAACAUCUGUUGAAUGCUAAAAAACAUGUUGAAUGGUUUAUUGUGGCCGAUCACAGCAUGAAGGAACAUCUGUUGAAUGCUAAAAAACAUGUUGAAUUGUUUAUUGUGGCCGAUCACAGCAUGUACAAGAAAUAUGGCAGCAGCAUGGAAACCCUGAAACGCAGGCUAUUUGAUGUUGUGAAUUACGUAAACAUGGUAUAUAAAAUUAUCCAUAUUUUUGUGGCUCUGAUUGGGAUUGAAAUAUGGGACAUCAGUGAUCAGAUCGAAGUGGUUUCCAAUGUCGACAAGCUAUUACAACGAUUUGUAGAUUGGAAGAAGACUAGUCUGCUGCCCAGAAAACAUCAUGACAAUGCCCAGUUCAUUACGAACGUUGACUUUGAUGGGACUACCAUCGGGUAUGCAUACAUGAGUGCGAUGUGUGACGCUUUGUCUGCUGCAAUUAUCCAGGAUGCGUUCGUGGUUGCAGCUGGUGUUGGAGCAACAAUAGCUCACGAGAUGGGACAUAAUCUGGGGAUGGGUCAUGACAGACCCGGCUGCACAUGUGAAGCCAAUUCCUGCAUGAUGGCUCCAGCUAUCAGCAAUGACAUUCCGCUCCUAUUCAGCUGCUGCAGCAUAAGUGACAUGAGUAGGUUUAUCUAUGAUAAAUACCCGGAUUGCAUGCUGGACAUACCAGUCUUAACAGAGAUCUUGACUCCACCCAUUUGUGGUAAUAGAUUUACUGAAAUCGGGGAGGAGUGUGACUGCGGAGAACCAGAGAUAUGUACAGAUGUGUGUUGUGAUCCAUACACCUGCAAACUUAAGCCAGGAUAUGAGUGUAGUGAUGGACCUUGUUGUCGCAAAUGUAUGCUCAAACCUGGAGGAUCUGUUUGUAGGCCUGCAAAGGAAGAAUGUGACAUUGCAGAUCUUUGUGACGGGAAGUCCAUUACAUGUGCAAACAACAGCUUUAGAAUGAAUGGAUACCCCUGCAUGGAUGGGAAAGGGGCCUGCUACAAAGGAAGGUGCCCACUCAUGAAUGACCAGUGUGCUGCCAUUUGGGGAGACCAGGCUACAGUUGCUUCUGAUUACUGCUUUGACAUUAAUACUAAAGGAAACCACAUGGGGUACUGUAGGAAACAAGGAGAUACGUACAUUGCAUGUGAAAAUAAAGAUAAGAAGUGCGGAGUUCUGUACUGCGUUGGAGGUCAAAACGUUCCGAGAUUUAGUGGAGUCACAAUCACAUUUGGUACAUGUAAAACUCUUCUGUACGAAGGUGGACUGGUCAACAGUGGAACAAAAUGCAACGAUAUAGAAGUGUGUUCUAAUGGGAAAUGUUCCAAUAUGGAGAAUACCUACAAGACAGCAGGCUGUGUGUGCCCAGCAAAUUCGAUUUGUGAUCAUGAACUGAAGUGUCAGUGUGAAGCUGGCUGGGCACCUCCAAAGUGUGAUGUCUAUUCAGCAGCAAGUCAGUUCAUUCUGGAAGUGUUUUCUUUAUGGUGGUGGCUAUUUGUGUUGUGGAUGUUGGCUCUUGACAUCUGA